AUGUCAUCAUCACCUCCACAUCAUAGUAAUCCAACAGGAGAUCAAUCCUCUCUUCCAAGAGAUUCCGAAUCUCUUUCCCAAUCUCAACAACCAAUAGUCCCAUCCUCCCCAUUAUUCUUCGCUUCCUCAAACCCACCAUCCGACGCUUCCAUUUCCCAAACAAGAAGAACUGGUAAUACUGCUGGUGCCGCUGAUAUUUCCUCGCCAUUACAUUAUACUUCCUCAAUUCAUCAUACUUCUGAUAUUUUUGAUAAUUCACAACGGUCAAAUAGAUUAACUUCUGACGUGGAUAGGAUUGUUCGUCGUCAUCAAAGAAGUGAUAUUCUCGAUGGUGGGAAUUCAUCAUCUCCAAUGCGUAGAAGAAUGUUUACCCAAGGAGGUCCAAGUUCAUCCCUUGGAAGAGGUGGACCUGGAAGUGAUAAUUUAUCUUCACAGAUUAUUGAGGAUGAUGAACCCGUUAGAGUCAUUUGGGGGACCAAUGUUCUGAUUCAAGAAUGUUCAAAUGCAUUCCGGGAUUUUUUAUUAUCAUUUAAAUAUGAAUAUCGAAAAAAUUAUGAUCGAGAAUUGGUUGAACCUGAAGAUAGACAAUUAUAUUAUGUUGAACAAUUGAAUAAUAUUAGAGAAAUGGGUAUAACUAAUUUAAACCUUGAUGCCAGAAAUUUAUUAGCCUAUCCUCCAACUAAUAAAUUAUUUUAUCAAUUAGUUAAUUAUCCACAAGAAAUUAUCCCAAUUAUGGAUCAUACCAUCAAAGAUUGCAUGAUUCAAAUCGUCACCGAUGCCGCCGCUAACACCUCCAAUGAACCCAUAUCCAAUAGUCUCGACGAGAUCGAAACUAACGUCUACACUAUCCGUCCCUACAACAUCAACAUGAUCGAACGCGGGAUCAGAGAACUCAACCCUAAUGAUAUCGACAAAUUAGUCUCUGUCAAAGGAUUAACCCUUCGUUCAACCUCAAUCAUCCCUGAUAUGAAAGUGGCAUUUUUCAAAUGUAAUGCCUGUGGUCACACCGUGGGAGUUGAGAUUGAUAGGGGAGUAAUUUCCGAACCUAGUAAAUGUCCCCGUGAAGUAUGUGGACUGAAAAAUUACAUGGAAUUGAUCCAUAAUCGAUCAUCAUUUGCUGAUAAACAAGUUAUCAAAUUACAAGAAACCCCCGAUUUGGUUCCGGAUGGACAAACUCCUCAUUCGAUAAAUCUUUGUGUUUAUGAUGAAUUGGUUGAUUCUUGUCGGGCGGGGGAUAGGGUUGAAGUAUGUGGGAUAUUUAGGUCGGUUCCAGUUAGGGCUAAUUCAAAACAAAGAGCUUUGAAGAGUUUGUAUAAGACAUAUCUUGAUGUUGUUCAUAUUAAAAAAAUCGAUAAAAAACGUCUUGGGGCCGAUAUUUCUACAUUGGAACAAGAAAUCACCAAUGAUGAAGUUGAACAAACUAGAAGAAUUAGUGAAGAUGAGAUAAAUCGAAUUAAGGAAAUUUCUCAACGAGAUGAUUUAUAUGAAGUAUUAGCUAGAUCGUUAGCUCCAUCGAUUUAUGAAAUGGAUGAUGUUAAAAAAGGGAUCUUGUUACAAUUAUUCGGGGGCACUAAUAAGACAUUCAAAAAAGGGGGGAGAUAUAGAGGUGAUAUUAAUGUCUUACUUUGUGGUGAUCCAUCUACUUCAAAAUCCCAAAUUUUACAAUAUGUUCAUAAAAUCGCUCCAAGAGGGGUAUAUACUUCCGGGAAAGGUUCUUCUGCCGUGGGGUUAACCGCUUAUAUUACUAGAGAUAUUGAUACCAAACAAUUGGUUUUAGAAAGUGGUGCAUUGGUCUUAUCUGAUGGUGGGGUUUGUUGUAUUGAUGAAUUUGAUAAAAUGAGUGAUUCUACUCGGUCGGUAUUACAUGAAGUUAUGGAACAACAAACUAUUUCAAUUGCCAAAGCCGGGAUUAUUACUACUUUGAAUGCAAGAACUUCUAUUUUAGCCUCAGCUAAUCCAAUUAAUUCUCGUUAUGAUCCUAAUUUACCUGUGACUUCAAAUAUUGAUCUUCCACCUCCCUUGUUGUCUCGUUUUGAUUUGGUAUAUUUGAUUUUGGAUAAAGUUGAUGAAACCAUUGAUAGACAAUUAGCUAGACAUUUGACUGAUAUGUAUUUGGAAGAUACUCCUGAUACCGUGAAUAAUAAUUAUGUCCUUCCAGUUGAAUUAUUAACUGUUUAUAUUCAAUAUGCCAAGGAAAACAUUCAUCCUGUUAUGACUGAAGAAGGUAAGAAUGAAUUAGUUAGAUCAUAUGUUGAUAUGAGAAAAAUGGGUGAAGAUUCCCGUAGUUCAGAAAAGAGAAUCACGGCAACCACAAGACAAUUAGAAUCAAUGAUUAGACUUUCAGAAGCUCAUGCAAAGAUGAGAUUAUCUCAUCGUGUUGAAUUAAUUGAUGUGAAGGAAGCAGUUAGAUUAAUUAAAUCAGCGAUUAAAGAUUAUGCCACUGAUCCAAUCACCGGGAGAAUUGAUAUGGAUAUGGUUCAAACUGGUACUACAUAUGCACAAAGAAGAGUUCAAGAAGAUUUAGUUCAUGAAAUCAUGAAGAUUAUUGAUGAGAAUAAUAAUUUGAUUAGAUUUAAUGAUUUAGCGAUUAAAUUGAAUGAAAGAUCUUCUAUCAGGGUUGAAAAUCAAGAUAUUAAUGAAGGUCUUAAGAGAUUACAACAAGAAGGUAAGAUUGUUGAGAGUGGUGAUAGUCAUAGAAGAACUAUUAGAAAGAUUGCAAUUGUGUAA